AUGUUUCCUGAAGAAACUAAUAUGAGUUACAUUUCGAACGGCACGGAUGAUGACUUGCUGUCUGCACUUGAAGACUGGAGCGACACUCCUGCUGAGAAACUGUCACGGACGGGACACAAUGUAGUCGCUGUUAUUUUGGGAUCUAUUCUAAUAUUCGGGACCCUGAACAAUCUUGUAGUCCUCGUUCUGUUUUGUAAAUUCAAGACACUGCGGACCCCCGUGAACAUGCUUCUGCUGAACAUCAGCGUGAGUGACAUGCUCGUGUGUCUAUUCGGCACCACGCUCAGCUUCGCGGCCAGUAUCCGCGGCCGGUGGCUGGUGGGGAGACACGGCUGCAUGUGGUACGGCUUCGUCAACUCAUGCUUUGGGAUUGUAUCGCUGAUUUCUCUGGCAAUCCUUUCGUAUGAUCGUUACAGUACAUUAACUGUUUACAACAAGAGGGCUCCAGACUACAGUAAACCCUUGUUGGCAGUCGGGGGCUCGUGGCUCUACUCACUGUUCUGGACGGUUCCUCCUCUGCUGGGCUGGAGCAGCUAUGGACUGGAAGGGGCAGGAACCAGCUGUUCGGUGACAUGGACUGCCAACACGCCCCAGUCGCAUUCCUACAUCAUCUGCCUGUUCAUUUUUUGCUUAGGGAUCCCUGUGCUGGUCAUGGUGUACUGUUACAGUCGGCUCAUCUGUGCUGUCAAACAGGUAGGCCGCAUUAGGAAGACAGCAGCAAGACGGAGAGAGUACCACAUUUUAUUUAUGGUCAUCACUACAGUGGUGUGCUACCUUUUGUGCUGGAUGCCUUAUGGAGUUGUUGCAAUGAUGGCCACGUUCGGACGCCCAGGAAUCAUCUCACCCAUUGCAAGCGUGGUGCCAUCCCUCCUUGCCAAAAGCAGCACAGUCAUCAAUCCUCUCAUUUACAUCCUCAUGAACAAACAGUUUUACAGGUGUUUCCUCAUCUUGAUUCACUGCAAACAUAGCUCUCUAGAGAACGGACAGUCAUCAAUGCCUUCAAGAACUACAGGCAUCCAGCUUAAUCGAAGGCCUUACAGCAACCCAGUGGCUGACAACGCACCCCCUUCCAUCGAUCUCCAAAACGAUUGCAGCACCCCUGUCUCUGGCUAA